GCUUCGUUCACUCGUUCCCCUCUACGAUUGCGCAUAUCCUCACAUUUCCUGGGCCGAAGCACUCUCCGAAACCGAAAACUGUACUGCGAUCCUUUGCGCGACUCCCUCUUGAGUCUGAAACCCUACAGCCGGCAUUUCAUCCAGUAUCUGGGGGAGGCGGGGGUGCCUGCGGAGCUAUUAAGAUGCCGAAGAAAGCCAUUGACUCUCGUAUACCGGCAUUGAUUCGAAAUGGCGCUCAGGAGAAGAAACGAAGCUUUUUUGUAAUCGUCGGCGACCGGCAGAAGGACGUUAUAGUCAAUCUAUACCACAUUCUACUUAACGUGGAUGUGAAGCUGAACAAGUCGGUGCUGUGGGCGUACAAGAACAAGCUGCUGGGCUUCUCAAGUCACCGGAGAAAGCGCGAAAAGAAGAUCAAGAACGAAAUCAAGCGAGGCAUACGCGAUGUCGAUACCGAAGACCCCUUCGAACUAUUCGUCUCGUCGCAGAACAUCCGAUAUGUGUACUACAAAGAGACGGAGAAGAUUCUCGGAAAUACAUACGGGAUGUGCAUCCUACAGGACUUUGAAGCUAUCACGCCGAAUCUGCUUGCACGAACGAUAGAGACAGUCGAAGGAGGGGGACUGGUACUUCUGCUGCUGAGAGGUAUGAACAGCCUGAAGCAGCUAUACACUAUGUCGAUGGACAUCCACUCAAGAUACAGAACCGAGGCCCAUAGCGAUGUCGUGGCGCGAUUCAACGAGCGAUUUAUCCUUUCUCUUGGGAAGUGCGACGCAUGCCUGGUGGUCGAUGACGAGCUAAAUGUGUUACCCAUCUCAGGAGGAAAGCAUGUCAGGCAACUACCGCCACCGGAUCUAGAUGCGGGGAAUAAGACUCCGAAAGCGAAGGAGCUGGAAGAGAUUAAGGAGUCGCUAGCGGAUUCGCCACCAGUAGGACAUCUUAUUAAGCUCGCGAAGACGGUGGACCAGGCAAAAGCGCUCUUAACAUUUGUGGAUGCUAUCGUGGAAAAGACUCUGCAGAGUACGGUGACAUUAACGGCUGCCCGUGGCCGAGGAAAGUCAGCAGCUCUGGGCGUGGCAGUCGCAGCCGCAGUUGCGUAUGGCUACAGCAAUAUCUUCAUCACGUCACCAAGCCCAGAGAACUUGAAGACGCUGUUCGAGUUCGUGUUUAAGGGCUUCGACGCGCUAGGAUACAUGGAUCACCAGGACUACACCAUCAUGCAGUCCACAAACCCGGAUUUCAACAAGGCCAUCGUGCGCGUGAACAUACAUCGGCAGCACCGACAGACAAUUCAGUACAUCCAGCCACAGGAUGCUUACACUCUGGGCCAAGCGGAGCUGGUUGUGAUCGAUGAGGCUGCAGCAAUACCUCUCCCGUUGGUGAGAAAGCUGAUGGGUCCUUAUCUGGUCUUUAUGGCUUCAACUAUCAACGGCUACGAAGGAACAGGACGAUCACUAUCGCUAAAACUCAUCCAGCAGCUUCGAGAGCAGUCUCGAGGUCGGAAAAUCAACGGUGCUGACCACGUCAUAGACCGUUCGACCGGCAAAGAAUCAAAAGAUGGCACAGAGCCUUCGAUGGCCGGUCGCUCUCUCCGAGAAAUCACCCUCUCAGAACCCAUCCGAUACGCUCAAGGCGACGCUGUGGAACGAUGGCUCAAUGACGUCCUCUGCCUUGAUGCGACCCUUCCACGAUCGAAAAUGAACACUCAAGGAUGCCCGCAUCCUUCCGACUGUCAGCUCCUUCACGUCAAUCGCGAUACCCUCUUUUCAUUCAACCCAGCAGCCGAGAAAUUCUUGCAGAAGAUGAUGGCGCUAUAUGUUGCUAGUCACUACAAGAACUCCCCGAACGACCUACAGCUAAUGUCCGAUGCACCAGCACAUCAGCUUUUCGUCCUUGUCCCUCCGGUCACAGAGGAUAACAAGCUCCCUGAACCUCUUUGCGUUGUUCAAGUCGCGCUUGAAGGGCAGAUCAGCAGGGAGAGCGUGCUCAGCAGCCUCAGUCGAGGCCAGCGCGCUGGUGGUGAUCUCAUACCGUGGAUUGUCUCUCAGCAAUUCCAGGACGAGAACUUCGCAGGCCUCUCUGGUGCCCGGGUUGUCCGAAUAGCGACUAACCCUGACUAUAUCAACAUGGGCUAUGGUUCAAGAGCACUCGAACUGCUUGUCGACUUCUACGAUGGUAAAUUGGCUAGCCUGUCAGAGAACGAACCCCAUGAGGUGCAGGAGAUGCGGAGAGUCACAGAGGAAGAGCUGGAAAAUGCGACACUUCUUCAAGACAAUGUCAAGGUCAGGGAGGCCAAAGACAUGCCCCCGCUCUUCGCCCGGCUGCCGGAACUGAAAUCGCCGCAUCUCGACUAUGUAGGUGUGUCGUACGGUCUUACCCCUCUGCUUCACAAGUUCUGGAAACGGGCUUCCUUCGUGCCAGUCUAUCUCCGCCAGACAGCCAACGAGCUCACUGGCGAACAUACGUGCGUAAUGCUGCGAUCGCUCGAGACGACUUCUUCUGACGGCAGCUGGGUCGCUGCUUUUGCGAGGGAUUUCCAGCGCCGGUUCCUCUCCCUUCUAUCUUACCAAUUUCGAACAUUUCCCGCAGUGACAGCGCUAUCAAUAGACGAAUCUGCUUCGGCAGGCUCAAAGCUGGAUGUUGAUUUCACACCGAAGCCGCUCAGGAAAGCCGAGCUAGAUGAACUGUUCAGCGCUUACGACCUCAAGCGGUUGGAUUCGUACGCAAACAGCAUGCUUGAUUACCACGUCAUUCUGGACAUGCUUCCGACUAUCGCUCAUCUCUAUUUCAUAGGGCGACUGAAGGGACAGGUCAAGAUGAGCGGGGUUCAGACCGCGUUGCUGGUCGCCAUCGGUCUCCAGCGGAAAGAGUUCUCUGACGUGGAGAAAGAGCUCGGAUUGACCUCGAGCCAGCUGAUGGCGAUAUUCGUGAAAGUUAUUCGAAAGGCUGCAAUGUCGUUCCGUAGCAUCGUAGAAGGUGCAGUCGAAGAGACAAUGCCCGAAGCGAUGGAAACUGAGGAGAAUGGCGUCGAUGGCAAUACUGAGGCUGGUUCGCAGCAUAAAUUUAAGCCGCUGGAGAAGGACCUAGAUGAGGAGCUGCGGGAAGGUGGCGACGAGGCUCUGAGGGAAGAAAGGGAGAGGGCCAAGGCGUUGAUUGAUGCCUUGCCUCUGGACAAAUACGAAAUUGGAGCCGGUGCCACCGACUGGGCAGACGCCGAACGCCAGAUUUAUAAAGCUACCACGGAGGGCGGACGAAAUAGCAUGACCGUCAGCGUGAAGACGGGCAAGGAUAAGAAGAGGAAGGCGGGCGAUGCGGUGGAGGAGGCAUACAAAGAGGCGGAGAAGCUCAAGGAGAGUGGGAAGAAGAAGAAAAGCAAGUGGGGCAAGAGUAGGUAGCGCGAGGGCCACUAGCUAAUGACGUCCAACUGCGAACAUGGGACGGCGAUUUACAUUUUGAGAUCCAGGAUUUGAGAAAAACG